UAAGUUUCCACGAUCUUCAACCCUCGUCCUCACCUUUCCGCCUUUUUCCGAAAGUGCAAUCGCUCCACGAAAAACUGCGCUAGUUCGCGAGGAUUCCGCAGCACUUGAUAAAAUUUUGAGUUGAAAGAAAAUGGAACAGAAUGGGAAGGAUAGUCUUACAGCACCACUUCUUCAAUCCCCUGAGAGCGUUGCUGUUAAUUUUUCACAAGGAUCAUGGCGAAGUGAUAAGAGCACGAGGAAGGUCACGUUUAGAAUUGGUGGAAUGGAAUGUGCCUCUUGUGCAGCAUCAAUAGAAUCUGUUGUGGGGAAUAUGAAGGGAGUUGAGAGUGUGUUGGUAUCUCCUCUUCAAGGCCAAGCAGUUAUAAAAUACAGGCCUGAAUUUAUAAAUGCAAAAAGAAUCAAAGAGGCUAUAGAAGACUUGAACUUUGAAGUCAAUGAAUUUCCAGACCAAGAUAUUGCUGUAUGUCGGGUUCGAAUCAAAGGAAUGGCCUGCACCAGCUGUUCUGAGUCAGUUGAGAGAGCACUUCUCAUGGUUGAUGGUGUUAAAAAGGCUGUAGUUGGCCUUGCUCUUGAAGAAGCGAAGAUACACUUUGAUCCCAAUAUCACCGAUUCUCCUCGCCUAUUAGAAGCUAUUGAGGAUGCAGGGUUUGGAGCUGAGCUCAUUAACUCUGGAGAUGAUGUCAAUAAGGUUCAUCUAAAAGUUGAAGGUUUUCAUUCUCCAGAAGAUGCCAUAAUUAUCAAGUCUCAUCUUGAAGCAGUGGAGGGUGUAAACCAUGUCGAAAUCGACGAAGUGAAUCAUAAAGUAACAGUUGCAUAUGAUCCUGAUCUUACAGGCCCCAGGUUCCUUAUUGAAUGCAUACAAGAAGCUGGUAAUACCCCAAACUUAUAUCAUGCCAGCUUGUAUACAACAACCAGAGCGAGAGAAACAGAACGACAGCAUGAAACUAUAGCCUACAGAAACCAGUUUCUCUGGAGUUGUCUGUUCUCAGUUCCAGUGUUCCUCUUCUCUAUGAUACUUCCUAUGUUGCCGCCAUUUGGGGAUUGGCUAAACUACAAACUCUACCAUAAUCUAAACAUAGGAAUGCUACUCAGAUGGGUAUUUUGUACACCUGUGCAGUUCAUUAUUGGCUGGAGGUUCUAUAUGGGUUCUUAUCAUGCAUUGAGACGGGCAUCGGCAAACAUGGAUGUUUUGGUUGCAUUAGGAACAAAUGCUGCCUAUUUCUACUCCAUUUACAUUUUAAUAAAAGCUUUAACCUCAGAAUUUUUCGAAGGGCAAGACUUCUUUGAAACCAGUUCUAUGUUAAUAUCUUUUAUACUUCUCGGAAAAUACUUGGAGGUGGUUGCAAAGGGAAAGACAUCAGAUGCUUUGGCCAAGCUUACAGAACUUGCUCCUGAUACAGCUAUUCUGCUAACCUUAGAUGCAGACGGAAAUAUCAUUUCAGAAACAGAAAUUAGCACUCAGUUAUUGCAAAGGAAUGAUGUGAUCAAGAUAGUUCCAGGCUCAAAAGUCCCAGUUGAUGGGGUUGUCGUAAAGGGUCAAAGCCAUGUAAACGAGAGCAUGAUUACAGGAGAAGCAAAUCCCAUUGCUAAGAGAACAGGAGACAAGGUGAUAGGUGGUACGGUGAAUGAGAAUGGAUGCAUAAUAGUCAAGGCUACUCAUGUUGGAUCGGAGACUGCUUUGUCACAGAUAGUUCAGUUAGUGGAGGUUGCGCAGCUUGCAAGAGCUCCAGUUCAAAAAUUAGCAGACAAGAUUUCUAGGUUUUUUGUCCCCACAGUUGUCAUCGCUGCUUUUGUCACUUGGCUUGGCUGGUUCAUCCCUGGAGAAGCACAACUAUAUCCCCGCAGCUGGAUCCCAAAAGCCAUGGAUGCAUUUGAGCUAGCUUUACAAUUUGGAAUCUCAGUAUUGGUAGUUGCCUGUCCAUGUGCUCUAGGACUAGCGACACCAACAGCUGUUAUGGUUGCCACUGGAAAAGGUGCAUCUCAAGGCGUCCUAAUAAAAGGCGGUAAUGCACUCGAGAAGGCCCAUAAGGUCAAAACUGUUAUAUUCGACAAAACUGGAACCCUAACGGUUGGAAGACCCACAGUUGUUCAGACAAAGAUCUUUACAAAGAUGUCAUUGCUGGAGUUAUGUGAAUUGGCUACUGCUGCAGAGAUUAACAGUGAGCAUCCUCUAGCGAAGGCUGUUAUAGAACACUCGAAGAAGUUGCAGCAGCAGUAUGGAUCACACAACGAUCACUUACGAGAAGCCAAGGACUUUGAGGUGCAUCCCAGCACUGGAGUUAGUGCCAGCAUUGGAGGCAAAAGGGUGCUUGUCGGAAACAAGAGGCUCAUGCUUUCUUCUCAAGUCCUGGUUAGUCCCGAAAUAGAAGAUUAUACAUUUGAUAUGGAACAUUUAGCCAGGACUUGUGUGUUGGUUGCCGUGGAUGGUGUCAUCCAUGGGGCUUUUGCCGUCUCUGAUCCCUUGAAGCCCGAAGCUGGCCGUGUAGUUUCAUUUCUCAAUUCCAUGGGCAUUUCGAGCAUUAUGGUGACUGGUGAUAACUGGGCUACUGCCACUGCCAUUGCAAAAGAGGUUGGAAUCAAUAAAGUCUUUGCCGAGACCGAUCCAGUGGGAAAAGCUGAUAAAAUCAGGGAUUUGCAGGCGAAAGGUUUGACAGUGGCCAUGGUUGGCGAUGGCAUCAAUGACUCCCCAGCUUUGGUUGCUGCAGACGUUGGCAUGGCGAUUGGGGCUGGCACUGACAUCGCCAUAGAAGCAGCUGACGUGGUUCUCAUAAAAAGCAACCUCGAAGAUGUGGUUACUGCCAUUGAUCUAUCAAGGAAGACACUUGCUCGGAUCCGACUCAACUAUGUGUGGGCUCUAGGAUACAAUGUACUCGGAAUGCCUAUUGCUGCAGGUAUCCUCUACCCAUUCACCGGAAUUAGGUUGCCUCCUUGGCUCGCGGGAGCUUGCAUGGCGGCCUCGUCUAUAAGUGUUGUUUGCUCUUCAUUGCUUCUGCAAUCAUACAAAAAGCCAUUGCAAAUUCAAGAUGCUGAGAUAUCUGGGGACUACUUGAAUUCUGUUUAAGUCAUUGAUAAGCAUUGUUUGAAAUGUUACUUUUAAUCAAUUUGAUGCUGACUUAGUAAUGUGACUAAUUAGAUAUUAGUUU